AUGGAUGUUCGGCCAUACCAACUGGCUCAGAGAAGAGAUUUCGAGUUCCGCUUCGAGAAUCAACCGUUCGUGGUGAACGAGGAGGUGCAGAACCCGCUCAACGUUCGCAUCAUCAACUUGUUGCACGAUCGGACUCUCGAUGCUCUCUACGAAGUGCACGACAAGGUCGAGCAGGCGCUGGAGGUCUCGCAAGCUACCUUCGAAGCUUUGAUGUCCUGUGAGGAGACCAGUGGUGACUACAAAUGCUUGUUCGACACCGAGGUUCACUCAAACAUCUUUGUUGAGGUCUGCGAAGGAGAUGCGCUUCUUGACAAGCUGAAGGAGUUUCCAUCGAAGUGGACUGUUCACGACGCCUUCUACCAAAUGGCGGACUUGAUCACUGGUCGUGUCUCGUGCAGCAGCAGUGAUCAGAUGAUCAUGUUCAAGAUGCGUUGGAACGUUGACAAGCGUCACUUCGUCAUUGAGAGUCUCAACCACAUCACCAACGACGCGAUGUUCCCACCACCAAUCUUCGGACAAGACCCGCCAGUGCUUCGUUACCACCGUCCAUAA